AGUCUCUUCGUCAAUCCCGCCCGGGUUAAACGUCGAGAUGUUGAAGAAUAAGCGGAGGUUUAACACGAACGAUACUCUAAGUUUGUUUGAGGACAAGUUACACAGGGUCGAAGCGUCCGGUUCAAGGAGAAGGAACGCCCUCGUAGAAUUGUCCGACAAGCUGCCAUCGUUUGACGCCGUUUUAAGUGAUUCAAGGGCGGCUAAAGUAUUAGAAAAGCGAAAGCCAUUUGCCGACGUUACCAAUGGAGAUGGAAGGAAGAAGAAACGAGUUCGUUUACCACCGUUUUUAAGAAGUAGAAAAAGUAAGAGACCGAAAAGUCCUCCUGUUAAGAGACGCUCUGAUAAAGGAGCGACCGCUAAGAAGGAAGAACAAGCUGAGGUUACCGAUGACGAAGACAUUGUAACGACUAAAGUCAUACAAGAGAAAGAGCCAGAUGACGAUCAAGGGAUUUGCGUUGAUGUUCAACUUCAACCCCCUCCUGGCGUUCAUAUUUAUGAUUGCAGUAAUUAUGUUGUUCAAGUUUUACGUCAUUUGAAAGAUCGCGAAAGAGAUUUAGCAGUUAAACCUGAUUUUUUAAAGUGUUGCGUUGACAUCACCGAAAGAACCAGGCAAGUUGUGGUUGAUUGGAUGCAUGCUGUUAUUCGCUCUGAAAAGAUGCAACGUCAAUCGUUUCAUAUUGCUGUUAAUAUUAUGGAUAGAACCUUGUCUGUCUUUCCGACUGACUUGGCUCUCAUCCAGCUUGUUUCAUCUACUUCUAUUUUGUUAGCGGCUAAGUUGAAUGAACGUUAUGUGCCUUCUGUUAAGAGAUUGAUUAGGUAUACCGAUGACGCGUAUACCAAAGAGCAAAUUUACGAUAUGGAAAAGCUUAUUGUUCGAAAACUUAAUUUUGACCUUUGGCCACCAACCCCGUACUGCUUUACCAGCGCUUGGUACCAGACCACCGAAACUCCGAGUAAGAAUCAACAAUUUUUAACGGCUUAUUUGUUAGAUAUUUGCGUACUUUGCGAGCGUGGAGCGUCUUUGAAGCCAUCUUUGGCUGCGGCUGCUGCUGUUUGUUUGUCGAACCGUAUUCUCGGUUCUGGAAUAUGGACUACUGCUUGGGAAAAAUGGACUGGUUAUACGGAGGAAGAACUUUUGGAUGCGAUGAAAAUUAUGGCGGCUGUCUUUCAACGCCAGUUGACUUCUGAAUGCACUAACAUUCAGUAUUUUUACAAGAAACCGAUAGCUUACUCGGUUAGUUGCGACGUCGAAAUCGUCCAGAAUGUCACUUGGAAGAUGUUGGCUGAAGGUGUCCGUUUACGUCUUAUUUAAGUUACAAAGUUUAUUUGAUUGUGAGUGAUUGCUCUUCUUGAUAUUUAAGGGUUAAGAGUAAAAAAUAUCAUAUAAAAUCUAAAUGGCUUUCGUGUCUCGGUUUUUAGUCAGCUCGACGUUAGAUCUUAAUUUAUUUCGAUGAUUUUAUUUUUAAAAAGUACUUUAUCUAUAGAGAUUUAAUUUUAAAUUUUGUAAAAGCUAUUUUUCUUUUUAAAAAUGCAUUAUUUGUCGUUUAACCUUCAAACCAGGAAAACAAUACAAAAAAAGGAACAUUUACACUUUUAACCAAAAAAAGACAGACAACAUACGUAAGUGAUCUAGAUUAAAAAGAAAAAUAGGUGUUAGAAUUAUAGAUAGAUAGUACAAAAUAAUUUUGUCGUAGGAUCCAAUCGCAAGUUUUAGGUCUUUCUUUUUCUGUCUCUCAACAUUUCCUUUGUAUUCCUCUCUUCUUCUCUCCUCUCUGUCUCUCUCUGUCUCUCUCUGUCUCUCUCUCUCU